UCGACUAAUCCUUCCGCACGCGAGUGUCCUGGCACUUUGUUAUCCGCUACCGGUUGCCGGGCAGUUGUUUCCCCCGCGUCCGACCCAAGCUCAUAUGCCGCCUUCAUAGUACACAGUACUGUAUGCACAUCGCAGGAACAAGGCGGUCAGUAUUCUCUCGUCUCUGUCCUUCGGUCAUCAGGAGGAUUUCCAGUCUCUCUCCCUCUGAAACUCCGAAGACGUUGAUAAGCCGAGCUUUGACGAUCGCUCGUCACCCAUGCAGACGCCGACUCUGUCUCAUGCACGACUGCGGUUUUCGGUGCUAUAUGACAUUGCAGCUAUGGAAAUCAAUAAAAUAUAGGUAUUUCAAAAGUCCAACCAAUUCCAACACCAAGGGGUCUCGGAUUUCGGCCGAACGACGCAGGCCAGCUCCUUCCCAAAGCAAUGUCACCCCAACCCCGAAACAGAUUAAGGCGUCAGACUGGGAUUCUCAAAGUGACCGACGGCAUGGACCAGGUCUGCAAUUUACGAGGCCUAUCCCUGCCUCUCCCCUUCCAGCAUCUCCUCCGGCCACGGCACCACGGCACACCAGGAAAUCACCCGUUGCUGACGUAGAUCCAUGGGGCUGCUCAGUCACCCCCAAACACCGCCUGGCAGCCUUCAUCACUGAUCAGAGCCAUGUUCCAGAUGAGCCCGAUGCCACUCUGUCCGCAUCUCCAAGAUUGAGUUGUUGCAGGCCUUCGGAUUCCGUACACAGCAUAUACCACAGUACUGUACAGUACGUACAGAGUAUAUGCCUCCCUCCCUGCUCACGCUCCACUAGCCCGCCCUGAAGAUGAGAGAGGUUAUGAACUACGCAGAUUGCGACCAGUUUUUUUCGACCAGUUCGCCCUAGACAAGCACCUACUCGAGGCGAGUUCAUUUACUCUGCAUUUACUGUCGAACAUGUGAAGAGCUGCAGCUCAAAACUUGGCACUGUCGUACAAGAUUGCCUUGC